GUGUAUAUUGAAAUUACGAACAACUUUUAUUUAAAGCGAUUGUCAGUCCCUGUUUGGAAACAACCAAGAUGGUGUCGGUUUGUUACACAGUCGACGUUUGACUGAUUGUUGGGGCAGCGGCAAAAUCUAAUUGCAUGAAUUGGACCAUUUUUGACCAGCGGUUUGGCCAAUAGCUGAUGUUAAUGCUGAUAUGAAACCAAUAGCAAAUCGGGCGAGCGUCAUGUGACAGGAGAACUAAUUGAUACAACGACUAUUUUUUAACAUUAUGAGCAGUGACUGGUGUUCAUGUCAAUCUCGUUUCACUUUUAAGUUCGGACUGAAAUGAAUGACCCCGAGAGAAAGAGCAGCGUGGCUCGCUUGCUCAAUGCUGUUGAGUGUGACCUAGCGGCUGGCAGCGAGAAGGGUGAUCCCACCGAGAAGCAACUGAAAGUUGUCCUGGAAGAUGCGAAUCUUUGGCAAAAGUUCAAAGCAGUCACCAACGAAAUGAUUGUCACCAAGAAUGGAAGGCGGAUGUUUCCAGUUUUGAAAAUAAGCGUAUCUGGAUUAGAUCCAAAUGGCAUGUAUUCAUUCCUGCUCGACUUUGUUGCUGCUGACAAUCAUCGUUGGAAAUAUGUGAAUGGUGAAUGGAUCCCAGCUGGUAAACUGGAACCCUUGACACAAAGCUGUGUUUACAUCCACCCUGAAUCCCCCAACUUUGGUGCACACUGGAUGAAAGCACCAAUAUCUUUUAGCAAAGUCAAGUUAACAAACAAAGCCAACAGUACUGGACAGGUAAUUCUAAAUUCUCUGCACAAAUACAAGCCCCAGGUUCAUAUUGUACACGUAGGGGGCCCUCACAGGAUGGUUUCCAACCACUCUUUCCCUGAAACCCAAUUCAUUGCAGUAACUGCAUACCAGAAUGAAGAGGUAACAGCUCUGAAGAUUAAGAAUAAUCCUUUUGCAAAAGCAUUCCUGGAUUCAAAAGAAAGGUAAGUCAGUGGUUUGCAGCCUAACAUGAAGUUACCUUGCUUAUUGAUUAAGAAGGAACUGCAGAUGCUGAAAAAUCAAAGGUAGACAAAAAUGCUGGGUGUUUCGGGUCGAGACCCAUCUUCAAAUCCUUUUUCUUCUGAAGAAGGGUCUCGACCCGAAACGUCACCUACUUCCUUUGCUCCAUAGAUGCUGCCUCACCUGCUGAGUUUCUCCAGCAUUUUUGUCUAGGUUGCUUACUCAUUCUUCGUUGCAAUUCAUGCACAUUUGUAUACUUGUCAAGAAGUGACCACAAUUAAGACGAUUCAGGUUUAGGGUCUGACUUAAAGAAUAAAUAAAAAAUGCAUACCCAAGUACAAGUAAAGGAGAAGAUACCAAUAAGCAUCUGAAGAAAUGCCAAGGUAAGUAUGGGCAUCUUUGCAAAACAUUUUUUUAAUGACAUGGCUAUAAUCUGCAAUGUUAUUACUUGCAUUAGCAUAAGAUGUACCAAUACCUGCCAACCUUGCACCUUUGGUGAUUUAUCCUGCUUCUCUUUGAUCUGCAAACCUGUGCCUAGCUCUCCCUUGUCUCGUACUGAUGAUUAUCUUGGUUACUUUGCUUCCAGUCUCUCCAGAUUUGGCGAUUGGAUCCACACUA